AUGGGAUACAAAGACGACCUUAUCAGGAUCGGCAGGGAUGGAUUCGGAAUAAUAGAGGAACAUUUGGAGAAGAAGGGAGGCCGAGUUUUUGCAGCCAAGAAACUGUAUGCUCCUCAAAGGCCAACAGUUGAAGCAAGACAACCUUGUUUGUAUCAGUAUAAGCCUCAACAAGCUCAUGUUUAUCAUGUAAAGCCACUUUCCGAAAACGAGACAAGGUUGAACAAGUUCGAGGUGGUGGAUUUUCGUGGGGUGUCCAUUAAGGACAAUUCAAACAGGACCUCUGGCUCUAUGUUUUAUUAA